AUGAGGCGAGCAGCGUCUCGUGUAGCAGGCUUCGUGUCUAAAUGGGCUACUACAUUUAUAGGAAAGUAUUUAGAGAAUGUUUCAGAGGAUAGUUUUGAACUUGGGUUAAAUUCAGGAAAACUACAGCUUAGAAAUGUGAAGAUAAAAGAAGGUUUUUUGCAGCAAUUGAAGCUUCCAAUAAGAGUAAAGUAUGGCUGCAUUGAAACUAUUAACAUAUCAAUUCCAUAUAGCAACAUAUUGAGACCUGGCAGCAGUUCUCCGUUAGUUGUGGAGAUAGAUGAUGUAAAUUUGUCUGCAAGUUUUAUGGAUUAUAGUGAAUUUGAUUCAGAGAAGAUUGAAAAUUUGGUUAUUUCAGAGAGACUUAGGUUUAUCGAACAUUGGAAUAUUCAAUUUAUGGCGGAGCUAGCAGAAGAUGAGUACUUUAGUGUCAAAGGGAGUAGUAGCAAGGGGGGAAGCAAGGCUUUUUUGAGUAGGAUAAUAUCUGUUCUGAUUCAGGAUGUUAGAUUAAAAUUUCGAAGGAUUCAUAUCAGACUUUGCGAUUCAACUAACAAAGAAUUGAAUUGUGGAUUGGUAUUGGAUUCGCUAGAAGUCAGAUCAAUCCCAAAUUUGAGCCAGGUUUUGGUGGACCAAGACUUGGUGGUUUCCAAAUCAGUUGGUUCUAAUACAAGCAACAAAAAUAAUAAUAUUAGUAGUAACAGCACUGGAGGAAGGGAAGUAACUAGUGAACUAGGUCCAGACCAGAUUCAUGGUUAUGAAGAACAUUUGGAGCUGGUAAAAGUGAUUUUUGGUUUCAAAAGUGACUGCUCUGAUGAGAAGUUGUUUGAGCCAUUCUUUCAGAAAAAAGAUUCUAGUGACUUUUCUUACAGAAUAUUAGAUUUGGACGGUCUUUCAAUUUAUACAAAAAGUGGACCAGCUGAAGCUGAUUUAAAAGAACCUCCGAAAGAGCUUGACCAGGUUGUUCAUCCUUUCUGUUGUAAGCUUCUGCUAAGACAGAGAAGAGACUUGUUUAACACAUCAAAGAUGCCAAUAUACACAGUAUAUGGGGUUUUGGAAGAGAUUUAUGUUACAGUUUCUGAACAGAUAAUCACAUACUGUGGAGGAAUAUUGAACCAGAUUCAGGCAUUUAAUAAGCAGAUUGAUUUGGGAAAGGUUAGACUCGAGAGAAGAUUUCUUUACAGACCAAGUGUUCCUGUUCUUGGGAAUUCAAAGCUUUGGUGGAGAUAUGCUAUAGGAUGUGUUAUAAGAGACAGAAAAACAGACAUUUCAAUCAUCUCAGGUCCUCGUCGGCUUUCUAGGCCAAAUUAUAACCCUUCAAUUUACAUGAGUUUACAGGAAGAAUUCACUGAAGCUAAGAUAUCAAUGUAUUGUAAGGAUUAUACUUUAAAGUUCCACAAAUAUUUUGAGGAGAAGAUGACUUUCGACUCAAUUGGACCGUAUUUUGAUGGAGGGCUCUUUAAUGACCUUCUUUUGGAUUUUUCAAGACAAUUUUCCGAAUACUACAUACUCAGGGUUCCUUUCUCCAGAUUUGUGUCUUUGCAUACAUCUUUGGUACAUCAGUGGGUUGGGAAGAGAUUGGAAAUUCAUUCUUUCAGGAGAAUGAGUCAGAAUGACUCUCAAAACACUGGGGGAGGGUCUGGAGGUUGGAUUCAAUGGCUUUUUAAGUUCCACAAAAUUUCUUCAGUUCCUUUAAAUAGUGGAGAUGAUGUUUUCUUUGAUGCUCAGGAAAUUGAAGAGGAGGGAAAUUCAGACAAAGUCACUGGUAGUGUGGUUGAGGAAUCUGAAUACAUAGGAGAUGGCAAUUACAAUGCCUCUGUAGAGUUAGAUGGCACUUUUAUGGAAAGCCAGACAAGGGAGGAUCUCCAGUUUUUCGAUUGUGUUUCAGACCAAUCUCUUGAAAAUGUUUUUGAGAAUAAUUCUGAAAGCAAACAGGAUUUGGGGUCAUUUGAUAGGUCUCAAGGUGAGAAUCACUUUUUUGGAGAUAUCUCUCCGGCAAUGAAACAUUUUGGGUUUAUCAGUUCGGAAACUCCGUUUAUGGCAUUCCGAGUGUUGCUCAGAGAAACAAAACUAGAGGUAAUACUCAAAGAUGAGGUGCCAAAGGAGACUGGAGUAGAUCAAGAGGAAUACCAGGAUGGUUUAAGGAUGGCUAGAAAGAAUGCAUUGAUGGGAAGUCUGAGGAACUUUGGUCUAGAGUUUAUCCAGUCGGACUCGAGAAUUUCCCUAUUAUCUAUUUUGCAGGAGUUUACUUUGGAUUACUCAAGCCCAGAAGGGGAAAGGUAUCAUAUAAUAUACGAGGAUGAGUCACUGGUAGAAGAUGACAAGAUGUGGUUCACGUUUUAUUAUUUAAACAAAAAAAACUCAAUUUGCAAUGUACAGGGGUCUUCCAGAAGAAGGAGUUCUCUUAGUGUAAGCUCUGAUUUCUCCAUAGACCGUAGUAUCUCAAAAAGACUGGACGCUUCUUUCCCAGAAAGUAACAAAACUACUAUUAAGAUUAAUGUAGAAAAGUGUUAUGUCAUCUUCUAUUCCAAUGUAGUCUCAGCUUUGGUUAGCGUGAUUAACAAAUACAACAAAAGCAUAAACAAGGAUGGGGUAGAAAGUACCAACCAUAAAUCCAAAACAAGAAAGGAUAGUCAUAUUACUGGUUCUGAAAGUGGAUCAACAGAUAUUUCAGAAAAAAGAGAUUUGGAUAGCCAAGGGGUUAGUUUUCUCCAGAAUUUAGGUUUAAUCGAUGUGGACAUUCAGAUAGAAACUCCCAUUUUGGUUUUUUGUCACAGGAGAGAUCUCAAACUUGAUAGUACAAUCUACAACGUAAUAAGCUUUGGGAAAAUUUCAAUCUCCAAUAACGAUUCAGAUUUCCUGAAGGGGUAUGAGCUGGAGGAAAGCUCUCAAGACCUUUCCAGUCCUUAUAACAGGCUUGAAAAUAAUAGUUUUGACUUCCAGUCAUUUGCUAAUAAAGGAGUUGGUGGUAUUCAAGUAUCUCCAUAUUAUAGAUAUGUGCUUUCUGAAAAGUCCACUUACUGGUUUAAGUGCGUCCAGAGUCUGUGCUAUUAUGCUAAGAUUGAGGAGAUCUAUUUAUCUAUAUACAGUGAUUCCCAAUUUGGUACAAAAAAGAUGGAACAUGAUGAUCAAAAGAUUAGAGACAGGAUUCAAGAUACCAGUAACGGAGAAAAACGAGACUCCAGUAAGAACGAAAAGAGGAUCCCAAAGCUUCCUAAGGGAGUAGGUAUGGUGAAUUCCUAUAGAUUGUUUAGCAUUGAUUAUAUUGAUAUUAAACUGAACCUCCUUUCAUACAAAAAGUAUAAUAUGCUUGAUGAGACAUGGAUGAAGUACAUUAAACUAUUCAGUGUGUUAACCCAACUAGACACUUUUUCAGAGGAUUUGUUUGAGGAGAAGUCAUUUAUGAACUUGGUUUUGUCCACAAACUCGGUUUGCUUGGAUUCCAAAUCAAUUGGAGGAGGUCCCACGGGAGAGAUUCAGCUUGGGGAUGUACUAAAGAACAUCUAUUCAUCUAUUCAGAUUAAUUCAAUUAUCUCCAACUUUGACCCUCAAGUUUACCAGAGUAUAUAUUUGAACAUGACUCAGUGGAUGGAUGACUCCUGUUUGAGUGAGCAUUUCAGUUUAGGUAAGAAACUAACAAGGGAAAAAGAAUUCAAGAUGUUUAAGCUUGGUCUUAAUAUCCAGUUGUUUUGGUUUUUAAGGCUUAACAGCCUUAACUUUGACUUUGUAUCGGAUGACAACUCUUGGAUGAACGUGGGGAUGAAAGAUAUUCAACUUUUAAACUUCAUCCAUGACCACUACAGGCAGGUUAACUUUUCCAUUUCCCAGCUAUCCAUGGACUACUUGUCCAAAAUUAAGUACAGAGAAGAUGAUGAGGAAAGAGGAGAAAGAGAAGCAAUUCAACAAUCUUGUGAAUUUGUGGAUGAGCCUCAGGAAUGCCACAAGAUCAAGAAGAUCCCUCUAUUCAGUCUCGGCAAAUCUUUUAACUUUGUCCGUUUUCAAACAUCUCAGUACCACUUCAUAGAGGAGGAGCUUUCACUGGAGCAAACUUUCGAUAAAAAGGACAAAAAAUUAAAUGGAUCUGGAUCAAAUUAUUCUAAAAGCAACCAGGUACGAGUGAAAACAGAAAUAGGAUCUAUUAUGAUUUAUUUGAGACCUUUAAUUCUUCAGGAGUUGCUUUGCUUGUUUAAACGGACUACCUCGCCAUAUAUAGGUACCGGAAUAGAGACAAGGUCCAAAAAGGACCAAGAUCUAGCUUCGGAAAUUGAAGUAAAAACUUCUGAAACAUGGACAAGGUACUCAGUUGUUGCUAAAGUUUCUAGUUUUGAACUGGUUGCAUUUCAAAGAGACACAGAAUUCUUCAAACUGGUUUUUGAAAAUACGGUAUCUGUCUGUGAUCAUGAGACAAGAAGGGAAAUCACGAUUAAAUUAAUUAGGAUGAUGGCUUACAAUACAGUUCGUGGAAGAGAUAUAUGUUUUUUUAGGAUGGAAAAAUCAUUAGACUCAGCUAUUAUGAAGAUGAAGAUUAUUUCUCAUCAUAGAGCUCAGGAUAUUGAAGAUUUUAUUCAUGGAAGACUCUCUAGAAUGAUUUCAAGCUCGGAGAUGCUUCUAGAAGCUCGCAAUGUCACUUUGGUCCUGUUUCUAGACGCUAUUUUGCACAAUAUCUACUAUUUCUCAAAUUUGGUUGACAAUAUUCAGAGUUUUGUAUGCUAUUUGGAAGAUACUGAUAGAAAUUCAAGUAUAAGAUCAUUGCAAUCUAUUACUACUGAAGGAAAAGGAAGUAAUUCAGGUAUAUAUGUACCUCUCAGAAGUAUGAACUUCAGAAAUAGUAGGCUAAUCAUUCCAUCUGGAUCAGUUGACGAUGCAGAUCCAGAUAACAUGCCCUCAGUUGAAAUGCUCAUUGAGCUCUUCAACUUCAAUAAUAAAUGUUUGAUUGGACAGGUAUCUGACUCUUCAAUGACCCACCUAUACAUUUUCAGCAUGUUUAACGUCAGGAUGAAACAGAUUUUGGGGUUCAAACUUGAAAAGAAUGGUCUUACUGAGCAGCAAUACGGCGAGGUGAAAAAUAGGAUAACCCAUUUUGGUGUUAUUCCUGAUCUGAACUUUCAUUUGAGGAGAUAUACAAGUAGGGAUGAAUUAAUUAGCUCGUUUGACAUGAAUUGUUUCGUGGAGUCCAGCUAUAACGAUCUAGAGAUACAUCUUUACCCUGAGAUUCUUAACCUUCUAAUUAAAGCAUUCUCUGGAAACUUACUGAAGUAUGAUUCUUUUGUGAAACAAAUGAACAUACUUGCAGCUGGAACUAUUUCAGAUCAAGAUUUUAUGUUAUCCUUAAACGAAAAGAAUAAGAAUUAUAAGCUUAAAAGUACCAGAAAACGGUACCUUCCUCAGUUAAUUCAACACAGGUAUAUAGGAACAAGAGCAGCUUUAAGAUUUCAAGAGGGAAUCCAAGGAGGAAGUUCAAGCCUUCCAGUCGAGAAAUUUGAUUAUCAAAAAAUUCAUCCAAGUAACUCAAUUUCCAUCAGUUUUCCUUUAAUUAAGCUCAAUCUAAUUAGGAACUGGGAUUCGAACCACUGCUCAGCUGACUCUAAUAUUAGAAUCCUCCACGGAGAAGAAGAAGAGGAUUCUGCUCAUGUGGUUUCUAUUGUGAGGAUGAAAGGAACCAACUUGUUUAUGAGCAAAUUCCCUCAAAACCAAAGCUUCAUUUUCAACCUUAUAAUUGGUUCUGUGAACUUUGUUGAUGAAAAGAAUCCGUCUUUCUUGCUUUCAGUUCCAGAUUCUUUUCAUUACUUUAACAAUUUAGAUUUCGGUACCGGGUAUGAUGCUCAAAAACAAAAUCGGGACCAGGGAAAUGGAGGAGAAUAUGAAGAAUCUGAAGCUAUUUUUGAGGAUCACCAUUAUUUUACUGUUUACACAAAGGAGGCAUACUUUGAAAAGUUCUUAGGAAAGUAUUUUAACACUCUCAAGCUGACAGUGGAGAAAGACAUGAAUUUAAAGGGAGGGGACCUGAAUCUAAGACAAGACCAGGAACAGGAACUAGAACAACCCAUAGAGCUUCAGUAUUACAGUUUGAAUGAAGAUUCUAGUGAUAAUAAGGAUAAAGAAAAAACAAAUACACGCCUCUCAAACUGGAAAGUUCGUUUGGAAUCACCAAUCUUUAAGACUGAUUAUGACCUUCAGACUUUGGCUGGAAUUUAUAAUUGGUAUAAUGACUACUCCCAGGUUAUUUACACAUCUAGAUCCUGUAAAGGAGAAGAUAAAAAUAAUAAGAUUAAGGGUUUGAUGGUGAAUUUGGUGGAAAUGAACUUAAGUUUUAAGAGAUUAAAUUGCAUAUUGAUAUCAAGGACAGGUAUAGAAACUAAAGUAAACAUGAUAGGUACCUAUGAUCUAGGGUACCUGAGUAAAAUAGAAAAGGUUCAAAUUGAAGGAGAAAACAAACCAAAAAAGCUUUGCGAAUCUAACUUAAACAUUUCUAUUUCUAACUCAAAAUUAGAAUAUAAAAUGGUGAAUUUUGGGAGUUUUGUGAUUUGGGAUAAUUUGGAAUGUCAGAUUAUACACAACAAACUGCUUCAAAGAAAUGAAAUUGGGACAAAAACGACUAAAAGGAGCUUAAAAUUCAUCUCUCAACCAGUAACAAUCCAAAUUCACUAUCCUCAUAUCCUAGAAAUUUAUGACAUUUUGAUGCUAACACAAAGGUCUCUAUCAAAACAUUCCCAAGUCUCGACAAAUUUUGAACUGUAUAAAUCUCUUACUACUGGGAUUUCCGGGAGUUUUGUUGGAGGCGAAGGAUUUAUAGAAGGAAGAGGAGGGAUCUUAAGAGAUCAGGAGGAGCUGAACGUGAACGUGAUAAUACAAACUUCCAGGUUGGUUUUGCUAAAUUCUAUUGAGAACAUCUCAGGGAUCCCCUUAUUCAUGGUUUCUGUGCAAUCUAACAAUUUGAUAAUUAACUGCAAAAGCUAUGUACCUGAUCAUCCUGUCUCUAUAACCAAUUCUGGGGAUUUCUCACUUUGGAUCAUGAACCCAAGACAUGGGUACUUUGAACCGGUAAUUGAGGGAUGCAAUUUUAACCUGACUUUGGAUAAUUUGAUCCAGAUUGACGGAUUUUCCCCAAGAAAUAAGUCAUCUUCUUCAAACAAAGUCACCAAGAAGCUUAAUUUCAAUCUACCUUCAGCCCUAAGCCUUAACAUUUCUCCAUGGACUAUUAGGACAGUCUUGAGACAUUAUGGAGCUUGGAGUAACGGUGAAUAUCUUCUUUCCAGUUCAGUUAAGCCAUUUAGGCCUAUUUUGGUCAUCAAUAAAUCAGGUUACGAUAUUCAAAUAUUAGGAUACCCAAAUUUCGAAAGCUUCAAGAAUUCUAGAAAUAAAUUAAAUGGAUCUGGAUUUACUUGUAAUAUUGUCAAAAACGGUACCGACGUAGUUUUGGAUCAAAUUAACUACUGUUUCCAGCCAAGUAAUAUUCAAAUCUUCCAGAUCAAUGUUGGGAGAUCGAUACAGGAGAAAGAAGAAUGUAAAGAAGGAGCUGUUGUUAACUUUGAGAAGCUAUUUUCAACAGAAAAGGUUAUUAACUUGGAUAAUACUGGUAGGUUUGCCGUAUUCAUCAAAAAUCUUAAAGAACAGAGUGCAGACCAAAAUCAUCACUUAAAAGAGGGAACUGAUAACGUGAAUAUCUCCGAAUCUCCUCUUUUUGAAAGCCCUUAUUUAUUUUAUGAAGUAGAACACAAAGACAUCAAGAACCAAUUGGGAGUUGAAAAAAUUUUGAGGAUCUUGAGCCCAUUAGAACUAAGUAAUGAGCUUUCUUUAGAUCUACAGGUAUUUUUAACAAGUGGAAUCUUCUCUAGUAGAGUUCUUCCUAAUUCAAGAAUCCCAAUUCCUUUUAAUCUUGAAACAAAUAAUCACUUAUGUUAUAAUAAGGUAACAAAAGACUUUAAAGAAGAAACUGGAAAUACAGCUAAGUAUAAUGAAUACUAUAAGCUUAAAAUUAAUGAUAUCCUUAGGAAUAUAAUCAAGGAAAAUGAGAGUCUAAACAAAUACAAAAUUACAGAAAAGAAUGAAAAGAAGCAGAUUUACUUUGUUCAAAAAGGAGAAUGUGCUGGAGUUGGAUUCUAUAUUACAAUUGAGGGAAUAAUAUCAAUUUUUGGUCAAGGCAGGUAUCAAUUCUACAAAUACAUCUUAAAGUUUAAACCUUUCCUGACUCUAAUUUCAACUUUACCUUUGGAUUUGGAGUAUAGAUUUUCUGCUUUUGAUACUAGAAGAGGGGAUAAAUACAAUACCCAAAUAGAUCUUAAUAAUGGUAAUAUAGAUAAUGAAGGUAUUUCAAACAAUUCUGGUAUUUUGGAGUACUUGAAACCAAAAUCUUUGUAUUUACCUUGUUCCUUAUUUGAUAAUAAUCCUCAGGUGAAACUGGAAAUUGGAGUUCAAUCACGAAAAGAUCCCAAAUAUGAAAAUGUUGAGGCAAAUGAAAACUUUACAGUAAUUUGGUCAUGUUUAAUUGACUUGGAAAAUGAUAUUAAACUAGGGUUUUGGAAGACUCAAAAUUCAGUUGUUGACUUAAAUUUAGGAGAUCAUAAACAGGGUACCUUGCAGAUACUUGGAGAAAUUGUUCCUGGUAAAAGUAACGUUUCCAUGUUUUCUUUAUAUAACUUGGAAAAGAAUCCAAAAGGAGGAUAUCCAUUAACUUGGGUAAUCCACUCCAAAUAUUGGUUUAACAGUGUUGGAUCGGAAUUGAAUCUUUCACAUAUAUUACUUUCAGAUUUUGCUCCUCCAGACCCAGUAAGUAACUUUAUGAGGACUAGUAAUGCCUGGCUUAAGUCAGAACAAAACUUAUUUAAUCAAUAUGGAGAUUUGAUUAGACAUUCAGUCAUUCCUUUAGUUAAAAGAGAAGGUUCAAUUCACAUUGAAGGAGCUUUCGACAAGGUUAAAUCCAGGAGGCUUGUUUUUAUGGUCUUAAUAAAUGGAAAACAGCAUAGAUUUGACUUUACAAAACCUCAAUCAAAUACUGAAAAAGGAGUAAUAUGUAAUUUGGAUAUUCUUCAAGAUAAAUACGGAAAAGUUGGAUACAACUUUUUAUAUAGAGACGUUUCCUUGGAAAUUCAACUUCAUGGAAAUAUUGCAAGAGUUCUAAUUGGCCACUUACUCUUAUUCCCCCAAAGGAUGGUUGUGAAUAAAUCCAAAAUUACACUUGAGAUGCAGAGCCACUCAAGCUUUUCUUUAAAACCUGGUUCUUCAAUUCCAUUUAUUCCAUAUUUUCCAGAAAUGUCCAGAUUAAGUUACAAAAGUCUCUCAGAUAUAAGACAAAAUGGACUUAAUUUUCGAAAUAACCAGUCAAUAUCACGAAUGAUUUCUAUUAAAAAUGGUUCAGUGAAAUACCCAAACUUUGUUUUGAACAAAAACAGAUCUUGGAAGAUUCUUUUAAAACUACCAGAUAAUCAGGCUAUGACUGAAAAUGGUGGUUACAAAUAUAUGGAUAAUAUUCAGGGAUUAUCUUACUUACUUGUUAGAUCAAUCUUUGAUGAUAAGCUUGGAUUUGAGAUGGUAUUAAUGACAAGCAGAAAUACUUAUAACCAAGAAUUGUAUACACAUAAUAUAUCUUCAGUAUUUAUAUACAAUUGCUCGAAUAGAGAUUUACAUAUUAGCCAAAGAAAUGAUGAUGGCAAAAAUAAUAUUCUUUUAUCAGGAGGUGCGAUAAAACAAGUCUUCCAUUCAAAAUCUUUGUCAGAAUUUAUUUGGGAAGACUACUUUAAACCCAGAGACCUUUUGAUUCAUAAUGACCAUAUUAGUAAUAAUUAUACCAAUUUGAGUGGUAACAUAAACAAAAAAGCCAAGUAUAUUAGUAUUGGUAAUUAUAGCAACAAAAGGAGGCAGGAAAAGAACCAUAUAUUUGAAGUUUAUGAUUUUGGAUCAAAUGAAAAGAAGGACUGGAUUAUUUACAAAGUUUCAAAAAUAUCUUCUAAAGGGAACAACUUCGUCUUGGGACUUUUUUCAUAUGAAAACUUCAUGGACUGGCAUAACAAUAAAGGUUUAACCAGAAGAGCAUUAUCUUUACUUCAACCGUCUAGGCCUGCAUCAAUCUCUUCCCCAAGUUUCAGAUCAGGUAAUAAUUAUGGAAGUCCUGAAAGCGUAGUAUCAUCUUCCUUAACUAGAUUUUCUUCUUUCAAUAGAGGUUACUCGAAUUCUGAGCAAUACAUAUUUGAUAUAUUCUGUUCUCAAGUAUUGGUUUCAGUUAUGUGGGAGAAUCCAAGCAGAAAUACUCCUCAAGAACUGUUUCUAAUUGUCUUGGAUAAUUUAAUUUGCAGGUACCAAUUUUUCACCCAUCUUAGUGCUCCCCAAGACUUGCAGAUUUCUGUUGCGAAUAUACAAAUUGAUCUGCAAUACAAAGAAACGCUUUAUCCAGUGCUUUUCCAAAGGCUUCCUUCAAGCUCAUCAAGGACUCUUAAUACUCUGGAGGAGAAGUUUUUGGCAUCAAAUAAAACAGAUUUUGCUUCAUUUUCAUUUUCUCGAAAUCAAACAAACUUUCUAGAUUCCAGUAGACAAUAUCAACCUCUGGUCUCAUCAUCUUCAUCAAAUUCAGAAAGAACGGUACUUCGAAUGUUAGUAAUAGCAUCGAACUUUUGUUGGGAUUGUGUUAAAUACUCAAUUUCGAAAGUAAAAGAAUCAGAGAGUAUUGAACAAGACCUGGAUGAGGAGAAUGCCAGGGAAUUUGAGAUAUACUCAAAUAAAAAAAGUUCAAGAAUUUUAAGAUCACAGAAUCUUUCGGAAAAUUUCUUUUUAGAGAUUUCUGAUUAUUUGAAGAGCUUGAAUAUUUCAAAUAUAAAACUUCCCUCAGAGCUAAUUUCUCAAGGGUUCUUCAAAAACCAACGAAAUAAAAGUGGAGACUCUUUGCAAUUUAUUACUGUGAAUAAGUUGCUAAUUAGACUUCUUGGAAUAAAUAUAUGCUUUGAUACCCAUUUUAUCUACAUUCUCACAAUGUUCAUAGACCAAAUUAAAAAGAUCUCUAACUCAAUGGCUGAUAGUAUUAAUAAUAAAAGAUCGAAAGGCAGUAUAUCAGUUUAUGAUUAUGACAAAAAUGUCAAUUUAAAUGAAGAGGCAUCUCCUGGAUGUGAAAAUAUUGCCUUUACUGAGGGAGACGGAGGAGCCAUAAAUAGCAAUGAUGGUGGUGACGAUAAUAGUAAUGGGUUAAAUGAUGACGAAAAUGAUGAUGAAGAUGAUGAAUACCAAUUUAUAGAUAAGAAAGACAUAAUUAAACAGUUCCCUCUCAAACAGUCACUUCUGGAUAGAGUCUUUGUGAAAAACUUUAAGAUCUUUCCAAUGGUAAUCCACUUAACUUUCAACUUAAAUCUUUUAAAAUCGUCAAUAAGCUCAGAAUUAUCAUCUUCGCCCUCUUCUUCCUCUUGUUCUUCAUCUUGUUCAUCGUCUUCUUCUAGUUCCCAAAAACCAGUAAAUAAUAAAGAAAUCUCAAGCAUUAAUGGAAAUAAUAAUAUACUAAGAAAUGGAAAUAUCAUUAAGAAUUUGAAUUUCGGAAAAGUUCUUGAAGAGUUUGCACGCACUUUUGGACUGGUAUUUUCAUCCCUAAUUAGGUCAAUCACAACAAUAGAGGAUGCUCCUUUAUGGAUGAACCAAUUUGAAUCUCGGGAAAGUGAAAGCUGUUCAAAGUUAAUUCAAAAAAUUAGAAAGCAUUACGAACACGAACUAUAUAGCCAGUUAUAUGUGAUUGCAACCUCUCUGGGAUCUGUUGGUAAUCCAGUAAACUCUUUUACAAAUAUUGGAGCUGGGAUUGGAGACUUAUUUUAUGAGCCAAUUUAUGCUGUAACUUCUGGAAGAAAUGAUAAUAAUAAUAAUGGAGGAAAUGUAGUAACUGGGGUAAAAAAAGGAAUUGAGUCUUUUAUGAAUCAUUCAGUUUUUGGAACCUUCCAAGCAAUCUCAAAGGUAGCUGGAACUGCUAGCCAAAUAGCUGGAGCUCUUACCAUGGAUGAAAAAUAUAUGGAAGAAAGAAGAAGAUUUGUUCAUGGACAACAACCCAAAGACCUCAUGGACGGAAUCAGCAUUGGAGCACAGGCCUUUGGAAAGUCAGUAACUGAUGGACUUUCAAGCCUUGUUGGAGAAGUUUUAGAUGGAGCAACAACUGGGAAUCCCAACUCUCUUGCAAUCGGUAUUACCAAAGGACUUGUUGCUGCUGUUGUAAAACCAAUCACUGGAGUACUGGACUUUACACAAAAAACAGCUCAAGGCAUCCAAAAAGCCUCCACAGUUGACAGAGUUGGUAAUACUAACAGAACCAGGCUUCCUCGUGUUUUCUACACAAAAUCAAAUAUUUUGGCGCCAUUUUCUAGAGAACAUGCAUUUUUGCAUGACUUGGUAACAUGCAUAGGCGGGCCAGACCACAUAUUAAACCAAAGAAUAUCAUCAGCCAGAGAUGUGAGCAAUGAUAUUCAACUUGGGCAGCUUUUCAGUGGAGUUUUAUAUAUGACAAUUUGUGGAGACGGAUCAAAGAUAGCAGUUGUUACAAACGAAUCACUAUUGGUCUUGCAAAUGAACAAUGGGAUUUUAAAUUCUGAGUCGGAAAGCGAUAAUGUAAGUAUUGAACAUAGCAUAAAACUUCAUAAUAUCCAGUAUGUAGUAAUGGGAAAUCUAUCCAAAUCAAAUUUUAAGAAAAUAAAUGUUUGUGGAUCAGUCUUCAGCAAACAGGACUUUAAUAGUGAGAUAUUAAACCAAAACUCAAUUAAAGGCCACGGUUAUGCUUUUAAUAUUGAGGAGAUUUAUCCAAUGCCUUGCAAUAAAAAAGAGGAAGCUGGACUUAAAGCGACUCUUUUCAAUGAUAAAAUGAUGUCAGAGAUUGUAAUUCAAAUGCAAAGGCAGAAUGAAUGCAUUUCUCCAUCUCCACGAGCCAGAAAUUCUCAGAGGAGAUUACCUUCUUCCACUCUUUCAUCUUCUUCAAGUUCUGAUUUAAGAAAACAAGAAUUUCCGGAUUAUUUUCAAGUAAAAGAGGCAGAAACUCCAAGUAUGGUUAUUAUAACACGCCCAUCUACUCCGCUUCCGCAUUAUAGGUGGAUUGAAUGUAGUAAUCGUUCUAAUUUGGAAAAGCUGAAGAAUGUAAUAUGUUCUUUAAUAUGA